CGUGUUGCGGCUAGGGUUGGAGCGCGAGCCAAUGUUCAUUUCUACCGUGGUUUGUCAACAGCCAUCCUCACAGCACCCGGCCGUGCGCAUCGUCUGAGAUCGUGCAGGACGAUCAAGACGGAGCUGUAGGUCUUAUUGUAAUGGCGCAUCAGCACAAUCAGUCUAGUAAACCCCCUGCUGAUGACGACGAAAUCAGAUCUAUACCACUGCCGUGCUAUGGCCGCGGCCAACCACUAAUUCCAUUGGAAGAUUUGCCCGUAUUCCAGUUCCUGAAGCGGCAGGCCACUACACAGGGGAAACGUAUUGGCAAAGGACGAGGGCGGCGCCCGCCUUAUCAGAACUCGCGGCCCUCAUCAGAUGAGUCUUCUGAUGUUGAACACAAGAAGGAUGUUGGUAUAAUUGGUUGCUCCAGUCGGACACCCCCAUUUAAACCAGCUUCGAAUUCUGGCUUGGAACCAAUGAAACCUGCCCAAGAAAGGAGUGAAGGCAUAAUAGAUUGGCCAUCAACCUCACAGCAGUCACCAGGGCCCCAAUCUUCACACUCGGCUGACCGACCCCGUCACGCACCACACACAUCUGGUCCACCAACUUCCCGUCACCACCAGACAGACAGGCCCACUCGUCGUUCAAGUCAGCCAUCUCCAUCAAGGCUCCAGCAGCGCCACUCGGUGCCUCCAGGGAAAGGUUCGACAAAGGGACCAUCAGGGUCUGAUUGUCAUGGAGGUGCUCGAAGGAAAAGGCCGACGACAUCCCGUAAUACAGGACAAGGUGCAUCUCAGUCUGCAAGGAAGGCCCGGUGUCCUGCCAAGAAGGCCUCCUUUGACCCCAAAACCUUCAGGCAUGCUACGGAUUUGAGCGCAUGGGCAGAGUCCUUAAACUGUGCUAGUUAUAUCCCCGAUGAUGAAUUGGAGGAUGAUGGGCCGUAUGUACAGGUGUCGACUCUCCGCAGGGAGGCUGAAGCGGAGCACUAUGAUAUGCUGACGUUCCCACCUGACUUUGAGGAUGAGCUGACAGACUGCAGUGAGGAUGAAGCACGACAGCAUGUGUCAUCUGAAGAUUCCAUCUAUGACUCUCUCUCAUCAAUGUCUUUGGAGUCCAUGACAGACAUGACGUAUGAAACUGCUGCAGAAAUAACGCCAGACAAUUGCUCUCCUGUCCCUGAACCAGGAAAGACAGCCUCACCUAAGGGUAGUUCCGAGUCCCUGGAGACCAAGAAUUCUUCACAGGCACUUUCUGCAGAGUCUGUCUACAACAGCAUUGUUUUCUCUGCACGUCAACGCACUUCACAGGCUGUGAAUGCAGAGUCCAUCCACAACAGCAACAUUUCAUCUCGUGCUGAGAUAUGUGCACAGGAGACCCUUUUACGCCCUACUGCUUCCUGCAAGACCACAGAGACAGACUUACCAGCAGCCACUUCAAUGACGUUAGAGAUCAAAGGCCUUCCUAAAGGAACAACCACGGAGUCCCUGUACGAGACCUGUUUCCUCCUUCACUCCUGUCUAUGAUGUCUGUGUCACUGUGGGAGAUGAAGUACACGCCAACAUAACCUUGCCCAAGCAUUGCAAUGUUGCCUGGCUAAUGAAAUGCUUGCGAGAGGCUUUGGGUUUUGAAGGCAAGUGCUCAUUGCAUUUACACUAACUACAUACUUGCAAAUAUUAUUCUGCUUUGAGUUCAGGUAGGUCAUAUAGUUUGUUUUAAAUUUAAUGAGAAGCAUAUAAGGGAAUCCAAGGGACUCGAUUUUUCAUUAGU